AUGGAGCCCCGCCUGCCCGUCCUCGACUCCUUCACCAUCUCCACCCCCUCCCUCUCUGUAGUCAUUUCUGCAGAUGACUCUCCACUGCCCCCCCACGUCCAGCCCCAGCCAGUCCCUGCCCACUUAUUGACGGUCCAUUCUCUGCAGCCCCGCGGCCCCGCAGAAGGUGCUUCCGAAGCUGGCGGCGAGGAGCUGGAAGCUGCUGCUGCUGCAGCAGCAGCAGCAGCAGAGCAGCAGGAGGAGCAGCAGCAGCAGCAGGAGCUGGAGGCGGCGGCGCUGCAGCGGCAGCAGCAGCAGCAGCGGCUGCUGCACCUGAACAGCCAGAAGCAGCUGAGCCAGGAGGAGCUGCGGGAGCUGAAGGCGCUGCAGGAGCGGGAGCAGCAGCAGCAGCAGCAGGAGCUGCUGCUGCUGCAGCAGCAGCAGCAGCUGGACUUGCUGCUGCGGCGCGCGGACUCCAGACACGCCGACCGGGUGUACAGACACCCCGGAGCCCCCCCGCCCAUCCAGCAGCUGCAGCAAACUCCACAAAAUGAAAACUCAGAAGAUUUAAUUAAAAGAAUUUCCACUUUUGAAACAAAAGACUUCACUUUUUGGGACAAACUCCGCAGACACAACACCCAAACUCUCAUUCGCCGCUGGCGCUCUUACGUCCCUUCCGGCCAGGAAGACUCCGCCUUUUACCUCCGCAGCAUUCGCCUCCCCACCGGCCCCCAACGCGCCCCCACCACCAGCAGCAGCAGCAGCAGCAGCAGCAGCAGCAGCGGCGGCGUCCCCAGGCCAAACCCCCCCUUCUAA